AUUGAGGAAUUAAGGACCAAAACUGAAAAUAUUCAAAAAAUUAAAUCAAUUGGAAGACAUUUUAGAGCAUUGAGUAACCAAUUAGUUCGAAGAAUCAAUUCAAAUCAGCUUAAGCUUGUUAUAGAUCAAAAGGGCUGUGCAGUUGUUCUGGGUAAGGGCAAGUUUGGUAUUUGUAAGCUAACACAGUUUAAUGCAUCUGGAUCAAAGUGUUAUGUCGCUGUUAAAGAAUAUGUUAAUAACACUGUUGAGAUAAAAGAUAUACUGUACGAAGUGCAGAUUGUACAGCAAUUAUCACAUAAAUGCUUCCCAUUUGUCUUUGGAGUUUGCAYUGAAAAUACCCUAAAAAUARUGUUUGAGCUUUGCUCUGAACCAGAUGUUCUCAAAUUGCCAGUGACAAUUCAGUCUGUCUUAACCACCUCAAAUUUAAGUGAGGAAAUGCACCAGUGGUAUGCAAUAUUAGCUAGCUGUGCAGACGCACUUCAUUAUUUGACUGUUCAUUUAGUAGUUCACGAUGAUUUGAAAGCUGAUAAUAUAGUACUUACAAUGUGCAAUGAUGCAUUCAUACCCAAGAUAGUUGAUUUUAAUAAGGCCAGAUAUCAAAGAUUGUGUUCUCAAAUCCUUGCCCAUGAAGACAAGUGUAUUUAUCUUCAACGUUAUCCUCACAUUGCRCCAGAGGUGAUCAAUGGCCUUGCAAAGAAAUCACCCCGAAGUGAUUUGCAUAGUUUUGGUUUCCUAAUAAGGCAGGUUCAGAAAGUACAUAACUCUGAAUUUCUAUCUGAUAUUUCUCUUGCAUGCAUGAGAAGAAACCCACUUGAUAGACSAACUGCAGAGAAGCUAUGCCAGCACUUAAAUUCUGUAAUAUAAAGCAUUUGCCUUGGUAGAUUGGCUGAAAAGUUACAAACUACCAAAUAGGUUUUCAUGUGCUGUUGAGGCUGGACUGGCCAAUAAUUUUCUC